GUGGAAAGUAAAUAGGAUGCACCACCCCCAAGAAAUAUUUUAUUCAUUAUUAACUAUACUAAAAGAUGAGAAUGUAAAAUGACCACAUCAUUAACUUAUCGAAUGUAUUCAAGGUCAAAGAAAAUACUUCAACUAUUAGGAAGAUGAAUACCACUGGAUCGUUAAAUCCUACAAUACCAAAUCAAAAUAAUAUUCUUCAUACAAAUUUAUUGUAUAGAAGGGAUUUACUUGAUUAUAUAUUAAAUUAUCUAAUAAAUAAUAAUCGAAUGGAUAUUUUAUGCUCAAAUUCAUUUAUGAUGGAUUCUUUGUUAAAUAUUAAUCCACAAUUAAAUCAUAAUACUAUAUUACAUAAUAGUCAAUUUUAUUCAAAUUUAAUCUCUUAUUUAUUUCCUAUGGAUUUAAAUGUUAAUAUAUUACAACAACGUCAAAAUCCCCAGAUACAAAAUUGGAUUAAUGAUUGGUUAGUUAAUAAUAAUCAUAGCAAUAAUAAUAAUAAUGAUAAUAAUAAUAAUAGUAAUAAUACUAUUUCAGAUCCAACAUUAAUAUACCUUAGAGUAGCUACUCAAUGUAUUCUACGCUACUUAUUAACAACAAAUCAUUAUCAACAAACUUUAUAUUUGAAUUCUUUUCUUCAUUCUAAUUAUUCAUCAACAUUGAAUACAUAUAAUAUAACUAAUCAAAAUAAUAUAUUAUUUCAAUCAAAUAAAAAUUUAUUAGAAUCAAAUUAUAUAAUAAAUGAAAAUUCAUCUAUUACACGUAUAAAACGUUAUAAAUGUACUUAUCCAAAUUGUACAAAAGCAUAUUAUAAAAGAUCUCAUUUAAAUGAACAUUAUCAUUUACAUACUGGUGCUAAACCACAUUUAUGUAAUCAACCUGGUUGUAAUGCAAGAUUUACACGUGCUGAUCAAUUAUCACGUCAUAGACGUGCACAUACUGGUGAACGUAAUUUUCGUUGUAAUGUUUGUUUAAAACGUUUUAAACGUAGUGAUCAUUUAAAGGUACAUUUAACUAGGAAUGUAUGUACAAAAUUUAAUUUAUAAAAAAAAAUUUCCUAUAUAUUUUAAAAAAAAAGUAUCGAUUUCUCUUUUGAAUAGUUGAAGAGGUAAAUGACAAAAAAAUAAUAUUUCAGUAGUUGAGAUCAUGAGUUAAUUGAAGCUAGACAACCAUGGAAAACCUG